AUGGCCUUGACGGAGACAGAAAACGGGUACUCCGGUGGCGACGGAGAUGAAAAUGACGCUAUUGUAAAGACGUGUGUGUUGGACGGCUUCAGUGAGAGCGCGGAGACCCGGGCUCUGAUCUGCAGCCUGCCGGAGGCGCACGGAGACGAGAAGCAGACCGAGAUAGCCACACAGAAGUUCUUACUGAUUCUGAACAGAUACCAGGAGCAGCCUCGACUCCUCGAUCCUCACCUUGAAUGGAUGCUAAACCUGAUACUGGACUUCAUUAGAAAUGAGCAGUCUCCACCCUCAUUGGUACAUUUGGGGUUCAAGUUUCUGUACAUCAUUAGUAAGGUGAGAGGUUAUAAAGUCUUCAUGCAGCUUUUGCCUCACGAGGUGGCUGACUUACAACCAGUUUUGGACCUUCUGUCCAGACAGGAUCCCAAUGACCUUGAGACUUGGGAGACUCGUUACAUGCUGUUGUUAUGGCUCUCCAUGACAUGCCUUGUUCCAUUUGAUCUGUCUCGUCUGGACGGUCGCAUGGAGUCCGACAGCGGGAAGCCCAGGGACUCAACCAUGGACCGUAUUUUAACUGUUGCAAAGGAUUAUCUUGUCGUGGGUGACACUCCCAGAUAUGCUGCCUCAGUGCUGGUAUCAAAGUUCAUGACUCGCCCUGAUGUGCAACAGAAGCGCCUGGGGGAUUUUCUGGACUGGAGUCUCGGUGUGAUAUCCCAGCUGAAGGAUGAUUCAGGGACAAACGUUAGAAUCUUAGAAAGUGCCCUGCAGUCUCUGGCAAAGCUUUUCAAGCAUGGAAAACGAGACGACCUCUCACCACAUGCUGCAGCGGUUCUUCAGUGUCUGGAGCAGAGACGCCUGUCUGACAGCAGUGAGGCCAUGCUGAAGAAGCUCAGCAUCAAACUCACCCAGAGGCUCGGACUCACCUUCCUGAAGCCGCGACUGGCCGCCUGGAGGUACCAGAGAGGCAGCCGAUCCCUUGCAGCGAACCUCUCCAUGUCUCAGUCGGCUGCUGUGAGUCCAGACAUGGACACACAAGAACAAGAGGAGGACUACGACAUUCCCGAGCAAGUGGAGACGGUUAUCGAACACCUCCUGGUGGGACUGAAAGAUAAGGAAACCAUUGUGCGCUGGUCUGCAGCGAAGGGCAUUGGCAGGUUGACUGGGAGGCUUCCCAAGGAGCUGGCAGAUGAGGUGGUUGGAUCAGUGCUGGACUGCUUCAGCUUUCAGGAAACAGAUAAUGCCUGGCAUGGAGGCUGCCUGGCACUGGCUGAACUGGGCAGGAGAGGACUGCUGCUGCCCUCCAGACUCAAAGACGUCGUGCCGCUCAUUAUCAAGGCGCUGAUCUACGAGGAAAAGCGAGGAGCGUGCAGCGUGGGUUCCAACGUGCGUGAUGCUGCCUGCUACGUGUGCUGGUCGUUCGCCAGAGCCUACGAACCCAAGGAGCUCGAGCCGUUUGUCUGCGAGAUUGCCAGAGCUUUGCUGAUCACUGCCGUGUUCGACCGAAACGUCAACUGCCGCCGAGCUGCUUCCGCCGCCUUCCAGGAGAAUGUGGGCAGACAGGGAACGUUUCCUCACGGCAUUGACAUCUUGACAGCAGCAGAUUAUUACGCUGUGGGAAAUCUCAACAACUGCUAUCUGAACAUCAGUGUCUACAUCGCUGGCUUCCCGGAGUACACCAAAGCCAUGAUCGACCAUUUAGUAGCCAUCAAGAUCAACCACUGGGAUGGUGCGAUUCGAGAGCUCGCCACUAAAGCCCUGCACAACCUGACGCCUCAAGCGCCCGAUUACAUGGCAACCACAGUCUUGCCUCAGCUGCUGCCGUUGGCGGUGGGGAUGGACCGUCAUGGUCGACACGGAGCCAUCCUGGCGUGUGGCGAGAUUACUCACGCCCUGUACAAAGUGGGCCUUCAGACCGACAGGACUGUGAUGGAGCUCAUUUCUCCAGAAUGUGUGGAAGCUUUGAAAGGUAUUCACCAAAACCUUCUGGAAAGAAAACAGUACAGGGGUUUGGGUGGCGAGCUGAUGAGACCAGCGAUUUGUGGGCUGAUAGAAAAGCUGUCGCUGGCCAAGAUGCCCUUUAAGAACGACCCUGUGAUCACUGGCUGGCAGGGCAUCAUCGACGACACCAUAAAGACCCUUCAUCUGGUUUCCAGUGGAGCAAAGGAUGGGAUCAUGCUGGCCGUGGUCUCGGCCUUGUCCGUCCUGUGUGAGGAGUUCUACCAGACCCCGGACGGCCAGGCCGACUCACAGAUGCAAGACGUCCUGGUGUCUCAGUAUAUCGAAGGCCUGCAGAGUCCACAGAUGCUGACCCGGUGCGGCUCGGCCCUCGCUCUCGGAUGUCUGCCGGCGUUCAUGAUCCACGGCAAACUGAAGCAGAUUCUCCAAGCCCUCCAGCAGGUGUGCGCUCCCACACAGGACGGGAAGUUUCCUGAAGCGAGGAGGGACGCCGUGAAAGCAGUGGCCCAGGUGUGCGUGAAGGUCGGCGUCGCCGCGCACGGCUCCCCCGACUCCACGCUGUGCCCGGAGAACAUCGGCGAGGUGUACGACCUGCUGCUCAGCGGCAUGAACGACUACACCACAGACAGCAGGGGGGAUGUGGGGGCCUGGAUAAGAGAAGCUGCAAUGAGCAGCGCGAUGGACGUGACUCUGCUGGUGGCCGGCAGCGCUCCAGAGAUUCUCUCACCAGACCUGGUGAAGCCCAUGAUGUGCUGCCUGGCUCAGCAGGCGGCGGAGAAGAUCGACCGAUACAGAGCGCACGCCGGCAACAUCUUCCUGCGCCUGCUCCACAGCUCGGAGCCUGCAGUGCCGCACAUCCCCCACCGGGAGGAGCUGCUGAGCAUCUUCCCUGUUGAAUCGGCCGGCAGCCUGAACUGGACGGCGCCGUCCCAAGCCUACCCGCACAUCGCCCAGCUGCUGGGGCUGCCCGAGUAUCAGUACCACACCCUGCUGGGGCUCACCGUGUCUGUGGGGGGGGUCACCGAGUCCACAGUCCAGUUUUCCUCGCAUUCCCUGUUUAACUAUGUGAAAAGCAUCCAGGAGGACGGCGCCGCUCUGGGACAGUUUGGAGAAACGCUGCUGAGGAUCCUCAGAGGGAACCUUCGCAAUGACCGAGUGUCCAUUCCCUUCCUGAAGAUGCUCAGUCAGAUGCUCGCCAACAACUGCUUUGAAAUCUUCACCACACAGGAGGAUCAUCCCCUCUGUGUGGAACUGCUGGCUCUUUGCAAAGAGAUCAAAAAGUCCAAAAGCUUUCCCAAACUGAAGGCCUGCCUCUCCGUGUUUUGCGGCCUGGUCCAGUUUCAAGGCGACGUGAGGAAGAAGGUCUUGUCCCAGCUGCUGCUGCUGCUCUGCCACUCAUACUGCGCGGUGAGGAAGACGGCGGCCAGCGAGAUGUAUGAGAUGUUCCUGACCUACGACGACGUGGCCGACCCGGACGUGCUGGAGGACGUGAUGGCGUCCCUGAGCGACACCAACUGGGAGGACGACCUGGCCGCAGUGCGCACACACAGGAACCAGCUGUGUGAAUGGUUAGGAGUCCCCACGCCUCAGCCGGCUAACAAGCAGGUUUCCUGAUCAGAAGUGAAAACCUGCCGUUAAAGACAGAGGUGGAUUGUUCGGAGGUUAAUGCUUCCAUCAAGGCGUUUGACGGUUGUCAAAGCGUUGUCACUUUAAAUGAAAAUAAAAGGUUCAGCUAAAUCGGUGUUUUGACCUGU